GGACUCUGGUGAAAUUGAACGAAGACUAUAGAUAUAACAAGGAAAGAGUAGACGAUGCUUACCGUGGACGACUCCAAGAAUAAAAUGGUAAGUGCAACACAAUCGCGACUUCCCUAUCCAACACCUUUCAAUCAACGCUUCGAACCUGGAUCUUCUCACCGUCCCUUCGGCCAUCUUCAACUCUCUUCCCAACUUCUCGUUCAUCGUUACAUGAUCAACAUCUUUCACACCUACACCCAACAAAAGAUCGUCCUAUCACCAUCGUCAAUCUCUACAGCAGCAGCAUCACAAUGUCUAGCGACCCCAGCCUUGCAGUCCCCGUGGGCACCGGCCGUCCUGGAGCAUCUCGCACAAGCUCAUCCAAAAGCGUGCAGCGCUCUGUUGAACGCAUCGACGACCGCCAGGACCUUGGUACUAUCGUCAAACGCGGAGUCAGCCCAGCUCCAGACAGUCUCGCAGAAGUGGGUGCAGGCAGUGCAGCAGACGAACGUCCCACGAGCAUCAACAUUCCAGUCACCAAGGCUUCGAGCACCGGAGACCUCAGAUCUGGUUUGGCCAGUCCAGUGAUCCCCGAUGGUGCUGUUCAAGCCCUCGUCGCCAACAUCCAUGCCGACAACCCAGGCAGCAAGACUCCCAAGCCUGAGGAAAUUCCGACCUCAAUCCUUUAUGCCGGUGCCACCCACAAAGAGUUCAAGGGUGUCCCCAACUACCUGCUCAUCAAAAAGGUUCCCUACUUCAAGAAGUUGCUGUCCAAGACAACUACCCCUGAUGCCAAGGAUCUGACCUUCGAUGGCUUCAACGAAUUCGCCUUCGCCCUCUUCAUCCAUUGGUUGUAUAGCGGCAAGCUCCAAGGUCCCCAUGACUUCCACUCGGUUCAACACUACCUCUGUCUGUACGCCAUGGGUCAGGAGUGGGAUGUCGAGACGUUGUGCAACGACUCCAUCGAUCUGGUCCGCUCGUACUACCACAUCAACAACAUGACGGCACCUACCUUCCGCAUCGAGUACAUGUAUGCUGCCACCAAGUCGCCCAACUACAUGCGCAAGUUCCUGGCCGAGACAGCUGCCUUCCGCGCACUCUGUGGCGAAGCCGCAGCCAAAGGUGUCUACCUUUCGGACUCGAUGAAAGACUUGCUUCAGAAGGGAGGCGACUUCCCAGCUGACUUUGCUCAAUCUCUCAUCAAGCUCGCCAAGGAGGACUUCCCUGACCCCAGAAAAGGAUCCAAGUGUGAUUGGCACGAGCAUGCCGAUGGUCUUCGCUGUGCCAAGGAUGAUGUUGAGCCGUACAUGACUUCGUGAUCUGGCGAUUUAUGAGAUUACGGAGGUCAAGACGAGCAGGCAGAGAAAUGACAGACGGCGGUCAGGACCUAGCUACUGGCUGUGACAGGUGACAGAGGAACGAAACAAACGAGGGAGAGAGGCUGUUAUUGCUAAUACAGUACCUAUGAACCAUUGCUGCAUAUAACACAGACGUAGCUCUCCGACCUGGAAUGACAUAAAAU